AUCCAAAGCCUGUUUCUUUGUAUUCUUAUGCCAACAAGCACACCCUCAUCUCACACCAUAAAAGGAGGAGAGUUUCCUGGUUUUUGUCUUCCUCUAUUUGCACAAAUCCCAUCUUUUUUGUUUCAAUUAAGUAAUUAAUUUCCAUAGAAGGCUUCAACAAACACCAACCACUUGUGAAACAAACACUCACUAGUUUGUAAAUUAAUUACCAAAAAAAUAAAAGGGAACAUUUUGUUCUUCCCUUUUGUUAAUUUUGCUAUGUCAAACAUUACAAGUUGUGAUAGUGGGAGCUUGUCAACAGAGAAUAACAGAGAUGUUGCAGUUAAACAGAAACCAAUAGAAAUAGUUGGUCAGUUUCAUAGUCCACAUUCUCAUACUUCAACAACAACUACAAAUAAUAAUAGCAACGGUUCCAACACAAUUUUACAACCACCUCUUAAGAAGAAAAGGAACCUACCAGGAAAUCCAGAUCCAAGUGCUGAAGUGAUAGCUCUAUCACCAACAACACUAAUGGCAACAAACAGGUUCGUAUGUGAAAUAUGCAACAAAGGGUUUCAAAGAGAUCAAAACCUUCAACUGCAUCGAAGAGGUCACAAUUUGCCUUGGAAGCUUAAACAGAGAACUACAACAGAAAUACGAAAGAGGGUUUAUGUUUGCCCUGAACCUUCAUGUGUUCAUCACAAUCCAGCAAGAGCCCUUGGUGAUCUUACUGGCAUUAAAAAGCACUUUUGUAGAAAGCACGGUGAGAAGAAGUGGAAAUGUGAUAAGUGUUCUAAGAAAUAUGCUGUUCAAUCUGAUUGGAAAGCUCAUUCCAAAAUCUGUGGUACAAAGGAAUACAAGUGUGACUGUGGAACCAUAUUUUCCAGAAGAGAUAGUUUCAUUACACACAGAGCAUUUUGUGACGCAUUAGCUGAAGAAAACAACAAAGCCAACGAAGGAGGAUCAAUACAAUUAAUAUCAUCAAGCUUGCAAUGCCAACAACCAAUCCUUCCCUCACACCAAAUUGGUAAUGUAACUUCAUCAUCACAAUUGAUCAACCGUUCAAUCUCAGAUGAUGAUCACAAACAUCCACUAUCAUCAUCAUCACUACCUCAUCAUGACCUCAUAUCAAAACCAUUCAUGAACAACAACAACAUUACUGGAGGAGGAUCGAUAUUCAGUCGAAGCCUUUCUUCAUCUCCUUCACUUCAACUAAGUUCAAACUCUCUCAACAACAUCUUUGAAGAAAAUGGUCUUCAUUUAUCUGCUGCAACUUCACCUCACAUGUCAGCCACUGCAUUGUUACAAAAAGCUGCUCAAAUGGGUGCAACCGUGAGUAGUAAUAGUACUAUGACAGAUCAUAAAACCGUUGCAAAUAACAUGGCAGCGCCACUAUUUGGUGUGGUGCAACAACAAGGACAUGGUUUCAUGAACCAUUACAUGCAAAGUACUAGCCAACAACCUCAUCAGUACAAUAAUAAUAGUUUUAUGAAUGGAAAUGGGAUAUUAAGUGGAGGUGUUGGAAUGAAUGGAGUUGAUAUGUUUAAUGCUAUAUUGGACCAAAGUAAGGCAUUAUCAAAGAUCAUAGAACAGAAUAAUCAAAGUCAAAGCAAUAGUGUUGGAGUUGGAGGAGGAGGAAGUAAUAAUAAUAAUAAUGUUAUCAACAUUGGUGGAAGUAAGGGAAGUGGAGAUGUUAUGACACUGGACUUGUUGGGGAUAGGAGGUGGUGCACAUAGUAAUUUCUAUGGAGGAGGAGGUGCACAACAGCAACAAGCAGCAGAAAGUGCUGCGGCAGCAGAUGAAGUUUGGAGAAAUUGGUCAACCAAGAAUGGAGGCUUUGAAUCCUUUUCGGCAACAAGCAACAUUAAUUGAUCAACAAAAAAUAAUAUUUUAUUUUAUUUUAUUUUAUUAUAGUGGAUUGUUUUUAUUUUUGUUUUUGUAUUAUUUAACUACCUUCACACUUCCUCUCCUUUCGACCAUGACACGUCAAAUCUGGUCGAUUUUGCGUCCAUGACAAGCCAGUGUAACAUUACUGUACACUCCUUAAUUUGGUCCGAUAAUUUUGUUUUCAAAUGUUAAAAUGGCAAAUCAUUAAAAAGGUCCUCUUCAAUAUGCA